UUGACUUACUGUCAGUUGUCAUUAAUUCAUCAGAAUUUACGAAUUGUAAAAUAAUUGGAUUGGAUUGAUUUGGAACUUGGAACCUAUCCUAGAAUUUUUAAUACCAGUCUCUGAAAAUGGCUGGUACCUUGGCGAGAAUCGUUCAGGGAACAAAGUCGCAUAUAGGUGUUAUUGGACCUCUUGUAAAUAUCAGCCAUGGUUCAGUACGUUUUCAGCAAACAAAGACCACUUUUGGUCCAUUGGCUGACGCUGAUCGUGUCUUCACCAAUCUCUAUGGAAGACAUGAGUGGCGUUUAAAAGGAGCUUUAUCUCGUGGGGAUUGGUAUAUGACGAAACAAAUCUUGGAAAAGGGUACUGACUGGAUUGUCAAUGAACUCAAAACUUCUGGCCUCCGUGGAAGAGGUGGUGCAGGUUUCCCAACUGGUAUGAAAUGGUCAUUUAUGAACAAGCCUUCAGAUGGACGACCAAAGUAUCUGGUUGUCAAUGCAGAUGAGGGUGAACCUGGUACAUGUAAAGAUAGGGAGAUCAUGCGCCAUGAUCCCCACAAACUGAUUGAAGGUUGUUUGAUAGCCGGGAGAGCUAUGGGAGCUCAAGCGGCCUAUAUCUAUAUUAGAGGGGAGUUUUACAACGAAGCCAGCAAUUUACAAGUUGCUAUAGCCGAGGCAUACCAAGCUGGUUAUAUUGGAAAAAAUGCAUGUGGCUCUGGGUAUGACUUUGAUGUGUUUGUCCAUCGUGGAGCAGGUGCAUAUAUUUGUGGAGAGGAAACUGCACUGAUAGAGUCAAUUGAGGGAAAGCAGGGUAAGCCACGCUUGAAGCCUCCAUUCCCAGCUGAUGUCGGUCUGUUUGGAUGUCCCACCACUGUGAACAAUGUUGAGACUAUUGCAGUUGCACCGACAAUUUGCCGCAGGGGUGGCUCAUGGUUUGCUUCGUUUGGUCGCACACGAAAUUCAGGUACCAAGUUGUUUAACAUCUCUGGUCAUGUGAACACACCCUGCACUGUUGAAGAAGAGAUGAGCAUUCCGUUAAAGGAGCUAAUUGAAAGACAUGCGGGUGGAAUCCGAGGAGGAUGGGACAACUUAUUAGCUAUAAUACCUGGAGGUUCAUCUACACCUCUUAUACCAAAACAUGUUUGUGAAACCGCUAUCAUGGACUUUGAUGGUCUGGUGGCCGCCCAGACAUCUCUGGGUACGGCAGCUAUCAUAGUGAUGGACAAAUCCACAGACAUUAUUAAAGCUAUUGCUCGUCUGAUAAUGUUCUACAAGCAUGAAUCUUGUGGCCAGUGCACACCUUGCAGGGAGGGAGUCUCGUGGAUGAACAAGAUUAUGUACAGAUUUGUUGAGGGCAAUGCUUCACCUAAAGAAAUUGACAUGCUGUGGGAGAUCUCAAAGCAAAUUGAAGGUCACACAAUCUGCGCUCUGGGCGACGGAGCCGCGUGGCCGGUCCAGGGACUCAUCAGACACUUCCGCCCAGAGAUCGAGUCGAGGAUGCAGAGUUACGCCAUGCAAUGCGGCAAGAGCAAAGCCGAGCGUCUCUACUAGUUGAUUAUAUACAUGUGUAUAGACAGACGAACCUCGUUUUUAUACUUGUUAUUUUUUGUAAGCGAUCAGUUAAAUCAGCUCUAAAUUAUAUGUAAUGUAGAAUCUAUCACUGCGAUACAGAACUGUUGUUGAUUUACGGAAAACAUCAAGUCUAGAAGCGUAUUAGAUUAUAAUAUAAUAUUGUACAAGA